AUAUCUAAUGGGCCGAGCUUCGCAAUUUUUUCUUUGCUCGCACUAAAAUCAAUCAGCUUUCGAGGAAAAUAUUGCGAAUUUUGUAUUUUGAUAAUUCGAGGCUCAUGCUUUAUUUAGUGUACAUUCUUUGGUAAAUGAGAGCGCUCAAAGAAGGUCUGAAAUUCCAGUCACAUGCGUUAAAAUCUGGUUUCCUCCCAACAAUUGUCACCACCAAUCAACUCAUUGAUUUGUACUCCAAACAUGGCUUCAUUGAAGAUGCGCAGAAACUGUUCGAUGAAAUGCCUGACCGGAAUGUGUUCUCUUGGAACACUAUACUCAACACUUAUAUCAAGUCACGUAAUUUCAGCAGAGCAAGAAUCAUUUUCGAUUCUUCUCCGUGUAAAGAUUCCGUCACGUACAAUUCCAUGAUUGCUGGCUAUGCACGGUCUGAUGGUUAUGAACACGAGGCUAUUGAGUUAUUUAAUCAAAUGCAGUUCGAUAACAACGGCAUUGCUCGGAUAGACGAGUUUACGUUGACCACGAUGCUUAAUUUGAUAGCUAAGUUAAGGGUUUUGUGUUAUGGGAUGCAGGUGCAUUGUUUCAUGGUAAAGAGUGGGAGCGAUUUGAGUGCAUUUGCGCUGAGUUCUUUGAUAGAUAUGUACUCCAAGUGCGGAAGUUUUUCAGAUGCUUCGAGGGUCGUUAAAGAAUGCGAUGGUGAAGGAUUUGUGGAUUUGGUGGUGAAAAAUGCUUUGAUUGCUGCUUGUUGCAGAGAAGGCCAAAUGGAAACGGCAGAGCAGAUAUUUUUUACUAAUCCGGAGUUCAAUGAUAAUGUAACUUGGAAUACAAUGAUCUCGGGUUAUGUUCAAAAAGAGUUGGAAAAGAAAGCAAUUGAAUUGUUCAAGCGUAUGGGGCAAGAGGGAUUUCAACGGAACGAGCACACUUUAGCUAGUUUGUUAACAGCUUGUUCUUCUUUGAAAGAUUUGAAGCUGGGGAAAGAAGUUCACGCAUGGGUUUUGAAACAAAGAAUGUGUUCGAAUUCGUUUAUAAGCAGUGGGAUUAUCGAUAUUUAUUCCAAGUGUGGUACUAUGAGUUUUGCCGAGGGAGUUUUUAAGACAUUUGGAACCGGCAACAUAUUUGCUGUCACUUCAAUGAUUGUUGGAUAUUCAGCAAAAGGUGAUAUGAAACAAGCCCGACGGCUUUUUGAUUCGUUGGACGAAAAGAAUUUCGUCAUUUGGACUGCGAUAAUUUCUGGCUACGUGAGAUUGCAGAAUUGCGAAGAUGCCUUUAUUCUUUUUCGCGAGUAUGCAGAAAAGGAGACGGUAGUAUUAGACGCUGUGAUACUUGUCAGUCUUCUCUGUGCAUGUGCUGUAAAAGCCAACGUGGAUUUCGGGAAGCAAAUUCACGCGUACAUUUUGAGAACGGGAAUUCCAAUGGAUGAGAAAGCAAUAAGUGCUAUUAUCGACAUGUACUCGAAAUGCGGCUCGAUAGUAUAUUCUCGGAGAAUAUUCCGAACAGUUAGCGUAAAAGACACUGUCAUUUACAAUGUCAUGAUUGCUGGAUUCGCUCACCAUGGAUACGAACAAGAAGCAAUCUUUCUUUUCGAGGAAAUGAUAGCGAAAGGCCUUAAACCCGAUGCUGUCACAUUUAUCGCACUUCUAUCAGCCUGCCGUCACAGUGGGUUAAUAAAAGUGGGCGAACAUUAUUUUUCUUCGAUGAGUGAAAAUUACGGAAUUACCCCCGAAACCGAUCACUACGCGUGCAUGGUUGACUUAUACGGAAGGUCGAAUCAGCUGGAGAAGGCUGUAUCCUUCAUGGAGAAGAUGCCGUUUAAACCCGAUUCGAUUAUAAUAAGCACGUUUCUGAAUGCUUGCAGAGCAAAUAGAAACGUGGAACUCGCGAGAAUGGCGGAGAAAAAGCUGAUGGAAAUUGAAGGGUAUAAUGGGAAUAACGGGUCGAGGUAUUUUCAGUUGGCUAGCGUGUAUGCUUCGGGUGGGGAGUGGGGUGAAAUGGGGAGGGUGAUGAGGAUUAUGAGAGGUAAGGAAGUGAAGAAGGUUGCUGGUUGUAGCUGGUUGCAGAUUGGUAACGGAGUUCAUAUUUUUACCUCGGGCGGUAGGUCCCACGCGGAAGCAGAGGCUAUUUAUUCGAUUCUCGGGUGCUUGAUUAAUGAACUAUAUGGUGAAGAUAUUUCUGAUAUGCUUGACUAAUUAUACAUAUAUCAAGGCUAAUGAUAUUGGAUUAUUGGGUAUAUUUUGCUCACCAAGUUAUUAUCUUGUAUGCUGUUUUAAUUAGAUGACUGGUUAGAUGCAUUGUUCUCUUGUGAGAAAUGUGCUUGAUGUAGUUGCUGCAUGUGUUUGAUUCUUCAAAUGUAAAGUGAUAAAGAAUUUCAUUUCAAUAUAUAUAUU